CUCUGAGUGAAUUCGCAAGGUUCUUCCCAUUCAUUUGUAUAUAUUGAUGCUACCAACAUUCACCUCCAACAUCACACAUUGCUUUCUUCUCUGACAAAGCUCUCACCUUGUGGCGUCAAACUCUUCAAGUGUGGCCAUGAAAAGAAGAAAGGGUUCACUUGGCUCUGCUAGGGCUACCAGAAGAAGCAAAAGGGUAGCAGUUGCAGAGAAAGUUGAUGAUGAUGUGUCAGAAAGUCAACAACUUGGGGUUUCUUUUGAUGAUAUUCCAUCCCACAUCACUGCCCACAUUCUAGGAAGACUUCCUGUUAAGUCUGUUUUCAUUUGUAAAUCUGUUUGCAGAAGAUGGAAAGCUGUGAUCUCAGACCCACAUUUUCCCAAAUUGCACUUUCAGCAUGCCUCAGCUGGUCUCAUGAUUCUGGCCACGGAUAGGAAACCGACAAGAAACCUGUACCUGCUGGAGUGUGAGUCUGAAAAGAUAAAAAAUGAUGAUAUUGGCCAAUUCUGUUGCUGCGAGGACUCUUAUAUUAAACCCGAAUGCAACCGUCACUUUAAACUUGAGCAUAAACUCAAGGUUCCUCUAGAUUUGGACAAAAGUGAUGAGGCUAAGAAAAGGGGUGGACAAAGUGAUGAUAAUAAGUUUGCUGUGGUAAAUUCUUGUAAUGGCUUUCUUUGCUUGUCUGAUGUGAAAAGAAACUGCUUUGUUGUUUGCAAUCCAGUUACAGGUGAGUUUAUAAGACUUCCAGAGCCACCUAGAAUUGAUAGAACUGGUUAUACCGUGCGCCCUGAAUUAAAAGUGGGUUUUGGUUUCCAACCCAAAACUAAUGAAUAUAAGGUGGUAAGAAUAAUAUUCAAGGGACAGCGCGUGUGGCGGGCGACUCAGAAAAUUAUGGGAGUUGAAAUUCACACACUAGGAACUUCAACAUGGAGGAAUGUUGAAGUUGAUCCUAUGCAUGUUAGCCUGUAUACAUUUCCUACAUAUGUGAAUGGGGCACUUUAUUGGAUUAGUGGUUAUCACAAGAAAUCAUCAAUAUUUUGUUUUGACUUUGAAAGCGAGAGUUUCCAAUCCUUCCCUUAUCCUCCUCGUUCAUUUGUUAUUGAUAUCACCAUGGGAGAAUAUGGGGGCUCUCUUUACAUAUGUAAUUCAUCUUCCACGGGUCACAUUAAUAUGUGGAUUAUGAAGAAAUAUGGUUUCGAAGCUUCAUGGACCAAUAUUUUCAGCAUUGAUAUUACGAGCAAGCCUAAAGGUGGUUUAUGUUGGCCAGUAAAACACAUUAAGAAUGGUGGUGCAGUAUUGAUGUGUCAUUCCAGUGAUUGCUUUAUCUACUAUGAACCUCUAAAGUAUGGAUUCAAAAUUUUCAAGAUUCGUGGGGCAGCACGAUAUGUUACGGCUAUUCCUCAUAUUCCUAGUCUUAUCUCACUAAAGGAUGCUGUGAAAGGAGACAAUAUUGAGGUGAUGAAUGUCGACCCAAGGUAAGGAUGUGUGAAGAGUUGCAAUUGCAAGAAGAAAAAGAAGUACUUUUCUUUGCUAAAGUGAAUGAAUUGACAAAUUUGUGCUAUACAUCCUCUGUUGAUGAAGAAUAGGUUGAAGAGUACACCUUCUAACAAGUAAUUGCCUUGUAAGUUGUAACAGGGUUAUGCUAUAUCAUAAGUUUUGGUUUUGACUGGUUGUAAUUUUUGGUUUAGACUACAAAAGAUAUUUCUUUAAUCUAUGGUUUAAUGGGAAGGAUUAUUGCCCAGCCUUUUGAUUC